GAGAGAGCGAGCCAGCGAAUGCGUAUGCAUGUCUGAGUCAGGAAGUGAAUCGAUUCCUCUUCCAGUGGAUCGAGCCAGACAGCAGUCAGCACCCAAUUGAAGAGCGCCUCUUCUGGGCUCAAGUGCUGCUCAGAGCCACUGAUUCCACAAGGGAACCGCAGACACUGGCAGGAGGACUGGAGGAGGUGGUGGAAAGGGGAGGAGUGACACCGGUUAACAGAUUAAAGCCCUCUCCUGUUUCUCUCUCUCUUUCAUUCCCUCCGAGUGAGGAGAGACAACUCUAGAUACUGCAUACUGUAAUCAGAUUGCUUCGGUGUAAUUUGGUCCUCUCAAUUACUUGUCCUUUCUUCAGUUUUUAAACUGUUGCGGUCUGGAGGAAAUGCAGGGCACGAUUCAAAAGGACUAGUGCAUCUCUUGUGCUGCCGCCUCUUUCUCCCUCUGUCCUUCUUUCUCUCUCUCUCUUUAAAUGUAAGUGGAAGGUGAUUGGGGGGGAGUGAAUUAGGGAGCGAGGAUAACCCGUUGCGGCCAGCUGGAGAGAUGGGCAAAUCCAACAGCAAACUAAAGCAUGAGGUAGUGGAAGAGCUGUGCAGAAAGACCUAUUUCACAGAGAAAGAAGUUCAGCAGUGGUAUAAGGGUUUUAUCAAAGACUGUCCCAGUGGUCAGUUGGACGCAGCUGGCUUUCAGAAGAUUUACAAGCAAUUCUUCCCCUUCGGUGAUCCCACCAAAUUUGCCACCUUUGUCUUCAAUGUCUUUGAUGAAAACAAGGAUGGACGAAUUGAGUUCUCAGAGUUCAUUCAAGCUUUGUCUGUCACAUCCAGAGGGACGCUGGAUGAAAAACUCAGAUGGGCCUUUAAACUUUAUGAUCUUGAUAAUGAUGGCUACAUAACCCGAGAUGAGAUGCUGAACAUCGUGGAUGCCAUCUACCAGAUGGUGGGGAACACAGUGGACUUACCUGAGGAGGAAAACACACCAGAGAAAAGAGUCGACCGCAUCUUUGCUAUGAUGGAUAAGAAUGCAGAUGGGAUGUUGACUCUGCAGGAGUUUCAGGAGGGCUCCAAGGCAGACCCCUCUAUUGUACAAGCACUCUCCCUUUAUGACGGCCUGGUGUAGGCCCAUCUCAAAGUGGCGUUCAGUGAGUCCCAUUUCCCAUUUUCCCAAAUGCUGAUAACAGCCAUGUACCAGCCUGCUGACUACAGUGAAUAUUCUUAAUGUGCACAUCAGUGUAAAUAUAGUGUUAUUUAUAUAAUGUUAUAUUAUGUAUUGUUUUGGAUCAUCUUUCAUUUUUAUAUUUUCAGUUAAAAUUUUAGUUAAUUUUGUUGUGUGGUUUUCAAGUACCUAAAAUAAUUGUUAAUAGUUUUCAUUUGAGCUAAACAACUGCUAAAACUGGCAUGUCUUUACAAUAUUUUUCAAUACAAUAAAAUUCUUUACAAAAAACUUACUUUUCAGUUCAAACUGAAAAAAUGCAAAAAGAAAGAGAAAAGGUUGUACUUCAAAAUGCUAGAGGUAAAACUGUAAAAACCUUGAAAAAAAUAUGAUCUGCUCUCUGCCUUUUUUAUGUUUAAUUAUUCACUUUAGGCUUUUACAGUUACUUCUGUUUGAAAGCACUGAUUAGAUUAACUGUAAUUACCGCAAUUCAUUAUUCAUAUACCAGCUCAGUGUGAAUUUAAAGUUUCUGUUUUUCAUUCAUAUCCAUAUACUAGGUAAUCAAUACAGUCCAUUUAUAUCAUCCUGCCGGCACUGUGAGAGGAAAACUGACCUGCCACCAACCUCUUGGACAUACCAAGUGCCAACACGAAGGUGCAUUGUAGGUGUUGUUCUUAAGAGGGGAUCAGCUGUCAGUCACUCAUCUCCACUGUCACUGGAAAACUCCAAAAUCCACUCAAGACAACAUGAACCCUUGCAGAACUCAUUUGGGAUGAGUGAUGUACAUUAAAAGAACCUCAUGAGAGUCUAAUGGGUAUAGUCCCCUUUUUGUAAAGAAGACACUCAAUAUGGACGGUGACUUUGAGGACAUCCACAUCAGUGUUAUUAAAUGUAAAACUCAAAUAUUCGAAACACCAAUGAAUGAGUUCCUUAUAUUGCUGUGGACUUUGUCAUAGGACCCAGCUGGAUUUUGGUCUAGCCUUCACUACAUGAAGAGCAAAGAUCCAUUUGCAGCGUUCCAUGGGGCUUCAGCGAGCACUGGCAUUGAACAACAUGCGUCUAGCUGUAUUUAUUUAUAGAACCUUUCUAUUUAAAUUAGCAGUCUUCAACAAUAAACAAAAACGUAUAAAUCUC